AUGCAUGAUUUUGGCCUUGACGCCCUUGGCGGAUUUAUUAUAACGGUCGCGGAUAUUACACCAGAGAAGAGGGCCGAAUUUUCCCAGAAAAAGCUUGCGAAAGACGCGCAAGAACAUAAAGAACUCCAAGAGCGAUUCAUCGACAUGAUUAGCCAUGAGAUACGAAACCCUCUUUCAGCGAUAUUACACUGCACCGAGGAUAUUAUUGCGGCAGUACGCGAAAAAGAAGACUGCAAAGUGCCACUUUCACGCAUCACCGAGUCAGCGGAGACCAUCUGUCUGUGCAUUUCACACCAGAAAAAAAUUCUCGACGACGUCCUUACUUUCUCGAAAGUUGACGCAUCGAUGCUUCUUCUAUCACCACGAAGAGUACAACCGAAAAUACAUUUUGCGGGCCCAAUUUCUAUAUUUCGGCCGCAGCUGCAAAGGAAUGACAUACGGUUCGAUUACCAAGCUGACUUUUCUUAUGCGGAGUGUGGUAUCGAAUGGGUUAUGGCCGACCUUGAUCGAAUGGGUCAGGUUCUCAUCAACCUUCUCUCCAAUGCAAUAAAAUUUACUGCCAGAUCUAAGGACUCGCGAGAAAUCCGGGUCUCAAUUGGCGCUUCAAAAGACCGCCCUUCAUCAUAUCCUCCCAAUGUUGUCUUUUUUCGAUCGGGCGAGUCUGCGCUCGGCCUGGAUAAAACAGCCUUACCUGAGUGGGGCGACGGAGAAUUUGCAUAUGUCAUGCUCGCUGUCAAAGAUACUGGUAUUGGCAUCGAUGGUGAUGCCCAGAUGCGGCUUUUUGAAAGAUUCAACCAAGCUACUCCAAGGACGGAAGGAAUCUAUGGUGGUUCUGGUCUGGGUCUCAACAUCAGUAGAAGACUGUGUCAUCUACAUGGUGGGGAGAUUGGCGUGAGUUCGAAAGAAGGCGGGGGAAGUACAUUUGGCUUUUUCUUCCGAGUGCGCAAGUGUGCUUACACUGGUGGCGAGAGCGUUGGCGAAGAUGACAUCUCCGAAGUGGACAAGUUAUCUCACGGCAUCCAAUCGUUAGGCAGGGAAUUGUCCGAUGUCAAAGGAUCGACUCAAGGCAUUCGGAUACCAAAAGACCCUCCGCUAAGUCAAAUUGACGAGUUGAGACAGGGAGGCCCCGUGGAUGAAAGAACGAGGCAUACACAUGAGAUUGAGCGACAAACAAUGAUUCGCGAUAAUGAAAGAGCUCAAAGCCACAACGAGGAAAUUACAAGUCGGCGCAUACUCGUGGUUGAGGAUAAUAUCAUUAACAGGAAAAUCCUCUCUCGAAAAUUGGGUUCACUGGGAUUCGAAGUCAUCGAGGCCAAUAAUGGCCAAGAGGCUUUGGAUGCUUACCAGAACAGCAGCCUGGAUUGCAUCCUCAUGGACCAAGAAAUGCCAGUGAUAAAUGGUAAUGCAGCAUCCAGGCGUAUUCGAGAGCUUGAGAAAGAAAGCGAUACGCACAUUCCUAUUGUGGGAAUGACAGCCAACGUCAGAGCGGCGCAAAUAUCAGAAAUGCUCGAGGCUGGGAUGGAUGAUAUAAUUAACAAGCCGUUUCGUACUGAAGAGAUUGUUGCGAAGAUUAGUCAAUUCCUUCCUUUGGCUUUGGAAAUGGCAAAUAAAUGA